AAUAUAUAUAUCAUAUUAUAUCUAUAUUAGAUAUAUAUUAUAUAUAUUAUUUAAUAUAUAUUAAAUAUAUAUAUUAUAUAUAUGUAGAUGUGUGUGUGUGUGUGUGUUAGUCUACCAUACACGUGCAGUACAUGUGUGUGGGAUUGCUAGUCAUCAAUUCUUUACUGUAGAAUAGAUCAUCACCCCGUGACUCACUCUCAACCAAUCAGAACGCUUGAUUUCAUCUCCCCUUAUUAUAAUGUAGAAUUGAUCAUCUGCUGGGACCACUGAAAUAAAAGCACACCACCAACCAUCGAAGAUACUCCACAAACCCCUAGAGGUUCGGAUGGGCGGGGAGAUGCAGUGAUGACAGUUGGUGUCAUCGCAGGGCAGCCUGAGCCACAUUUUGAGAGGAACAUGUCCCGCUUGCCAGUCAGUUCAAGCAAGAGGGUCCUGCUGGCGAGCAGCAGCAGCUCAGAGAAUGGACAAGAUGUUGAGCCUGCUCAGAAGAAGAUUCGCAAAGACCCCGAGCCCGUCAAACCACAAGCAGCGGCUACGAUCAUCGGCGGCCGGCGGCUUCCUGCCGCAGCAACCAGGGCACCCAUUUCACGGCCAGUCAGAGGCGUGGGCGCUGCCACCGUGGCGGUUGGUCCUUCCAGAGGCGUCCUGAAACAAUCUAUAGCUUCAACUGCAGCAAAGGGAGGCAACGCGAAACCAACUGUUGCACCGGCAUGCCCCAAAACAGGUGUGGUCGGGGGCUCCAAGCGUCAACCAUGGGACCUGAAGGGCAAGGUCAUCGACAUGGAGGGUAAGAUCCGUAACUACCAGACCAAGGUCAAAGCGACCAGCCAGGAGAACGAGACGCUGAAAGGCACGAUGGUCCAGAGUCAGUCGAGAGUCGCUGAAGUGGAGAAAACUGUAGCUCGUCAGAGGAGCCAGAUCAGUGAGUAUGAGGCGGAGCUGCAGGUGCUGUCAGGGGUGCGGGAUGAGCUGGAGAUGGUGUCCAGUGAUAAGAGCACUCUUGAAAAGGAGCUCUCUAACUUUGAGAGCAAACACAAGGUCAUGGAGACUCUGCGGGAGAGCCAGGAGACGGAGCUGCAAACUCUCAAGAUGAAGCUGUCGGUCCAGGAGUCGACUCUGGCCCGCCUGCAGGUGACCCUCAGAGACACGGAGGAAGAGGUCAGCUCUCUCAAGGACACUGUGGUCCAGCAGAAGGACGAGCUGCACGCCGGGGAGAUGGAGCGCCGGCGGCUCCACAACGCCAUCCAGGAGCUGAAGGGCAACAUUCGGGUCUUUUGCCGGGUGCGCCCUCUGGUGGAGGGAGGCCUCAGCAAGCACAUCCAGCUGGCGGCCAGCGACAGCACCACGAUAACGCUGGCUAAAACAGAGGAGUCCCACACAGGCAAAGCUGCUGACACUCAGAAGAACUACAACUUCAAUUUUGACCGCGUGUUUGGCCCCCAGUCUUUGCAGCAGGAGGUCUUCGAGGAGAUCUCGCUGCUGGUGCAGUCGGCGUUGGACGGCUACAACGUCUGCUGCUUCGCUUACGGCCAGACGGGCAGCGGCAAGACGUACACCAUGGAGGGGGACGAGUGUGACGAGUCCAGAGGCGUCAUUCCCAGAGCCGUGAAGCAGAUCUUCAGAGCGGCAGAGAAACUAGCGGCGCAGGGCUGGGAGUUCACCUUCACGGCGAGCUUUGUGGAAAUUUACAACGAGAGCCUGCGAGACCUCCUGUACUCCGGCAAGGCCAGCAAGAGGCCCGAGCACGAGAUCCGGAAGUCCUCCAGCAACGAGGUGACCAUCACCAACCUCACGUACGAGCGCGUCUGCAACGAGGAUCAGGUUCUGGGCCUCAUAAUGUUGGCCAAUCAGAAUCGCUCCACGGCCCAGACGACCCAGAACGACCGCUCCUCCCGCUCCCAUUCGGUGUUCCAGCUGGACAUCGAGGGAGUGAACGUUGGCCGGGAUGUCAAGUGCAAGUCCACUCUGUGCCUGGUGGACUUGGCCGGCAGCGAGCGAAUGCUGAAGAGUCAGUCUCAGGGCGAGCGCUUCAAGGAGAUGACGUCCAUCAACGGCUCCCUGUCCAACCUCGGCAUCGUCAUCACCGCGCUGGCCAACAAGGAGAGCUACGUGCCGUACAGGAACUCCAAGCUGACCUAUCUGCUGCAGGGGUGCCUGGGAGGAAACAGCAAAACCCUGAUGUUUGUGAACAUUUCCCCCGAGACGGACAGCUUUGGAGAAACCCUAAAUUCCUUGAGGUUCGCCAGCAAGGUGAACGACUGUGUGAUCGGGACGGCAAGCGCCAACAGGAAGUAGAGCAAAGUGCUUGGAGGAAGAAGAAAAAGAAACAUCUUUAGCAUUUAUUUAAUGCUCCAUUUUAAUAUUUUUAGCAUUAUUUAUGGAGCGAUCUCACUGACCCUGUGAGUGUUUUUGGACUCUUGGCUUGUGCUUUGUGCUGUUUUGGAACAUUCCGGUGCGAACCAGUAAGCCGGGGCUCGGGGGUUGCCAGGUUGACAUUCUUCAAACAAUUCUUUGAACGUAUAUAUAUGAAAUAGAAACUGCAAACCGAGCACCUGUAAAUAAAAACAACCCGGAAGCAGGUGAUGUUUGUUUGUUUGUUUGCCGUCUGCUGAGCAGUCAGUCAGUGACUUGCUGUAUUCAUUUCUGAGGGAUGUGUGGAUCACACUAUCAAAGCCUGUAACGUAUAUCUGAUCAAACACCAACAUACAGAGUUCUGAUUGCUGACUGUAAUAAAGCUGUUAUUAUUUUACGUCACAUUUGAAUUAUUACUGCAUAGUAUCUUAAUUCCUCUAAAUAUAAGGUGACUAGUGUAUAGCAACCAUAGUUUCUGUUUUUGGAAGAAGAAGCUGAUGCCUGGUUAACGUUGAAGCCCAGAAACUGAAACGUGUUUGUGUAUUCUCGUGCUUUCGUUAGUGGUCACCAAUAAAGCCUUUUAAACAUUUAUUCCAGUGGCUAUGGAUGGAUGUUUCUAGUCUUUUUUAAAUACCUAUACAUCUCAAGGUUUCUUGAUUUAUGAGGACAUAUUUUAUCUCCAUCAAACAUGUCCUAUAUUAAUAGGACCAGGUUUUUUCAAAUUUAAAUGUGUGUUUUGUAUAAAUUGCAUAAUAGUCGCAUAUAAAUGUAGUGUUCUUAAUUGAAUAAAGACAGUCAUUUGAUGGGCUACUUAUA